AUGAAUUCGGGUCGAUGUGCAGCUUGCAAGUAUCUAAGAAGAAGAUGUCCUAGGGAUUGCAUCUUCUCUCCAUAUUUCCCUCCAACGAAUCCUCAUAGAUUCUCUUGUGUUCAUAGAAUCUUUGGUGCCAGCAAUGUCGGAAAGAUGCUUCAGCAACUGCCGGUUGAAUUAAGAGGAGAAGCUGCGGAAACAUUAUAUUACGAGGCGCAAUGUAGAAUGGAGAAUCCGGUUUACGGAUGCGUGGGAAUCAUAACGCAAUUGCACCAACAAAUAAAUGAAGCCGAGAGAGAAUUAGCGAGAGCGCAGGCUCAGAUAGCGUUUCAUCGACACGCCUCAAAUGCGCAUCGUCCCCUGCCGCAACAGGACCAACUUGAAGUUGAACCAUCUGCACCUGAAGCUGUCACUGACUCGUCGUGGCUUGAUCAAAAUGAAUUUGAUGUUUCGGCGUUGAUGAGCCCGCUUGAUCCGGCUUGGUUUCUCUGA